AUUGCUUGCGAUUAAAAAACGUGCACCGGCUUUUUGCGUAAACAUUUGUAAUCUAUUUAUUUAUUUGAAAGUAUACAGCUAUUCAUGAGUCCCACGAAAAUACCCCCUCUGACCUACAAGGUCGUGGCAGAGUGCUCCGUCUGCAAAGCCAGGGCAGGACUGAUGACCUUAAGGCACAGUGAGGUAAACACUCCAGUAUUCAUGCCCGUGGGCACUCAGGGAACUCUGAAGGGAAUCCUGCCGGAUCAGUUGAUCGAACUGAACUGCCAAAUCCUGCUGGGCAACACGUAUCACUUGGGUUUGCGUCCUGGCAUUGAGACGCUGAAAAAAGCCGGAGGUCUACACAAGUUCAUGGGAUGGCCCAGAGCCAUCCUGACGGAUUCCGGCGGCUUCCAGAUGGUCUCCCUGUUGCAGCUGGCCGAGAUCGAUGAGAACGGCGUCAAUUUCCGAUCACCAUUCGACAAUAGCCAGUGUAUGCUGACGCCGGAGCACUCGAUACAGAUCCAAAAUGCCAUUGGUGCGGACAUCAUGAUGCAGUUGGAUGACGUGGUCAAAACCACUACAACGGGUCCCCGAGUAGAGGAGGCUAUGGAGCGAACCAUUCGCUGGGUGGAUCGCUGCAUCGAGGCCCAUGCUCGCGAUGAUGAUCAAUCGCUGUUUCCGAUUGUUCAGGGAGGAUUGGAUGUGCCUUUGCGAAAUCGUUGCGUAUCCGCACUGAUGGAGCGACAGGUCCGUGGCUUCGCGGUGGGAGGCUUAAGUGGCGGUGAGAGCAAACAUGACUUUUGGCGGAUGGUGGAUGUGUGCACGGAUCAUUUGCCCAAGGAGAAGCCUCGCUAUCUGAUGGGGGUAGGAUUUGCGGCGGACUUGGUGGUUUGUGUGGCGCUCGGAAUCGAUAUGUUCGAUUGUGUGUUUCCCACGCGAACGGCUCGCUUCGGUUGCGCCUUGGUGGAUAGUGGCCAGGUGAACCUGAAGCAACCCAAAUACAAAAUGGACAUGGAGCCGAUUGACAAAGACUGUGAGUGCACCACCUGCAAGCGGUACACACGCUCCUAUCUGCAUCACAUUGCCACAAAUGAGAGUGUGUCCUGCUCUCUGCUAAGUAUCCACAAUGUGGCCUACCAGCUCCGAUUGAUGCGGAGUAUGCGGGAGGCCAUUCAGCGGGAUGAGUUCCCACAAUUUGUGCGAGACUUUAUGGCGAGGCACUUUAAAUCGGAACCCAUUCCCGCCUGGAUAAGGGAGGCCUUAUUGGCAGUAAAAAUUGAACUGCCAGCAGAUCCUGUCCAGGACAAACCGGAGGAAGAAGAAAAAUCAAGACCAGAAAAGAAGCCAGAGAAGGAGGUUAGUUAG